AUGAUCAGGACAAACUUCAAAUUGCCAAACAGGAAACUAUCUCGAAUGGAUUGCCUUUUGGUAGAGAACCCACACCUGGGCCAUUUUCUUGAGAAGAUGAAGCAAGGUUCGGCUGGAACAUUGGACAAAUCUAGUCCAAAAUUAACUUCAGUGUUUCUUUGUAGUGUUGACAUUAUUCGGGAAUACAGCUUUGUUCAAAGUUUCACCGGUUAG